CAAACUAUUUUUAUAAUUCAUAUUUACAGCUGACUAACUGAUGGAAAGACUGAAAAUGGAGAGUGAAGAUAGUAAGUAUGAGCAAGCCUACGGGCCUCUGUCCGAGUCUGAGGGGAAAUUCCAAUCCUUAUUCAUUGAGGAAGAAGAUGAGGAUUACUUUGAAGAUUGUUUGGACGAGAUUGAGGCAGCCUUUGCUCUUCCCAGUGAAUCCAUGGACUAUUCGCAGAAAUGCCGGGAAGCACUUCAGGCUGAAUUUAACGGACUGAUGAGGCAGAUGUUGGCACAGCUAGAUGACUUUGAUGCCACCCACGAGACCAAAUCCACCCCACCGGCUUUCUUUACAGAAAGUGAGCAUGUUUUAGGAAGUAAUGGCUUCGAGGAAGUGAGUAAGUUUGAAAACACUGAUCCAGAGGCAGCAGUAUCUAUGGUUGUGGACGAGUCUGAAGGCUACAUCACUGAAGCAGGACCAGAGACGUCCACAGUUACAGAUAUGAAGGAGCUCGGCACGUCAUUUGAAAGCUGCAUUGAGGAAGUCAGCCAGCUAGAGCGCAGGAAAGAAGAGCUGGUGCAGGAGCUUCUGGAGCUGGAGAAGCCCAUGGCGGAGGAGGUUCAGGCUUUGAGGGCUGAGCUGAGGGAUGCCAAGAACCUCCUCUCCAAGGCUUUAGUGGGAAGGCAGAGUUUGCAGGAGGAGAUGCGAGUGGUCAAGAGACGCUUGUUUUUUGCAGCCAGGGACUGUGCACAGAGCCAGCUGGCCUUAGCCACACAGCAGAAAGAAGUAGAGCAAUUUAACCAAGCACAGGAUGAGAUGAAGACUCACGUUGAGAAGCUGACCGAAGAGAUCGCCCAGCUUCAUUCUGAACACCAGAACCAACUGCAGGCCCUGCAAAACCAGAAAGAGAACAUUACCCAAGAGUCCAGCAAGGAUAAGACACGCUCUUACCUUUCACAAGGCCGAAGGGCCUCCAGCGACCUGCAGCAGUACCUCCAGGAAGGAAUCAAAGCACUGGAAGAGUGGUACGAGCCCCGACUGGUGGCUUUAUUAAAGAGACGAGAGACCAGUGCUGAGGCUGUGUGUAAGUCCAGGGAGCAGUGUCAGGAGCUGAGGGCUCAGCUGGGGCCCCUGAAAGAGGAAGAGCAGAGGUUGGGGCUUGAGAGGGCCCGUCUGGAGGAGCGCAUCCAUCUGAUGGAGAGGCAGAGGAAAGAAAAUGUGGAGCAAUAUCGGGAGACAAUAGAUCUCCUUGAAGAAAGUAGCCGGGAGUUGAAAACUGAGCUGCAAAUUCAGAUAAACAAGAUUAAGGAAGUGGAGAAAAUAAAGAACAGCUUGGUCAAGCAGCUGUACUUCUAUAGAGAACAGACAGAAGAUCAGCACCCACAGGACAUCCAAAUGAUAGAAGAGAAAACCUGAUCAGCGUUCGAGUUUGGCCACAUUUUGCACUUUCGUGAUCUAGAAAUCACUUUUUAAUGGAAUGUAUUUUUGUAGUAUGCAGUAGUAUCACAGCUGUUUGCUAAACUGUUCAAUGUAAACAAUUCCUGCCACAAUGUUAACACUGCAAUCCUGCAUGUGGGUGCACUUAGAAGGCAACUUCAAAUAAACCAGCACUCAGCCUCUCUGAAUGUCACAUCACCAAGGCAUGUGUGACAGAGGCUGCCCAGAUUUUUAUCUGCCCACUAUAACGGCUCAGAACGCUCUAGACGUACCUGCAGCGUUGAUGGGGAAGUGAGUCAGAGUGAAGGAAAUAAAGCUUUUAUAUACAAUA